AUGAGUAAUCAAGAUGGUAAGUCUGAGGAAGCGGCAGACGCAGAGACUCGUGGUCUUGGGGAAAUGCCAGGGGGAGCCGUACCGAAUAAGAAAGCAACGACACAGCAAUGGAAACCGGCAACGCGGACUGUGGAGGAAACACUUUCGGAAGGGCUCUCCAAUGAAGAUCUGUGGAUGUUGAUCCGACGCUUUAACAAACAAAUAUACCAUGUGAAAGCCAAUCAAGGUGCGGAGGCUCAAGACUUGGAUCUCAACCGGGCAGAGAAUGAGCAGUUUCCGCCUGAAAAGCUGCGGAUGACCAUUGAAAGGUUCUAUACAUCUGUCAUCGUGGGGGUUGUGGAAUUCUGCAGGCAUAUUGGUCGCCUACGGUCAUGGAGAGAGCCAGGCCGGACAUCUUUAUUCACUCUGGUAUAUUUUGUUUCAUGGUACCUAGACCUUCUGGUUCCCACCAUUCUAAAUGCGGUGAUUGCGUUGAUCAUGUUUCCACCUAUUCGACCACUGCUAUUCCCCAGUGCUCCAAAACUACCAGAUUCUUCAUUGAAGCCUCAGAACACGGAGGCUGCUGGACAACCAGGAUCGCAAGAUAGCCUCACGGGUGUUCCGGAGAGCCAUAAAGGAGAAACAGCAGAGCAAGAAGCCAAGAACUUAGUUGACAGUAUGGCGAGCAUUGCGAUAGAAAGCGCAGCUGCAAAAUAUGGCCAAACUAUACCUGAAGACUCCCCUGAAUUACCUUUAAUUUCCGAAGCAGGGGACCAUCUGGCCGUUCCUACUGACGAAGGUCCUGCAUUGGAAGACAAGACAAAGAAACCAGUGAAAAGUAAGGUUUCUCAGGGCACGGACAGCACGAUGCGCUUAAUAAGUGAUAUAACGGAUAUUUAUGAAAGAUUUGCCAAGUCAGUAACUGGAAAUAGGAUACAAGUUGUUAUUGAAGAUAUGGCUGAUCAAGAUAGUCUCCUAUCUCCGACGCCUCCAUUUUUGUUGAUAGGCUCUCGACUACGUCUCUCGGGAAUCUUGAGCAUAAUAAGCUUGGCGACGCCAUUCAUGUCGAGUUAUUGGAUGAUCAAAUCCCUCGGAUUCAUCAUUGGACUAGGUUUCUUUGGUGGGCCACUUUUUGCCCACACUUUGCACAUCUUGAAUAGAAAAAUUCCGGACUGGAAGGAGCAUAUGGAUAUACAGAAAACAUUGCUGAAAGGGGUCCCUACCAAUGCACAACUUACUCUGACUCUUUUGAGAAUUGGCGAAAUCAAUUCUUCGCCUAUACCUCCACCACCGACGUCGGACGACAAUGAGCCAUCCUGGCCAAUUCGUCGCAAGAAGUCCAAGACAGCAUUAUCCAUGUCACAGAGUGAUCAAGAAACCAUUGAUUUACAAAGCCAACCUCUUGAUGAUCCCUUGCCAGCAAAGCCUAAGAGAAGAUGGGUUUUCAAGAUGCUGAAGUAUGUUCGCCGAACAAUAGCGACCGCGAUCCAAGGUCACAUAGCUUUUGACCGAGCGAUGGCCAUCGCUGGCUCAGCUCACACCAAAAACUUGAUCAGCAUGCUCCAAAAGCGACACUUUCUCACCACGCCAUUCGGGCCCCUAAAGUUUGAUGCAAAAUUUGAGCGCAAGCGUGGUGCUGCAGUUAUUGACUCGUCCAAGGAGCCACCCAUACUGUACUUUACCACGUACCAGUCGGCAGGCCUGGAUGACCUAUGCAUUGAGAGCCGCAAGAAAGGCUCAGUAUUGUUCCAAAUACCUGUGACGGAUAUCCAGGAAUUGAAGAAAACCGAAGGUCUGGGAUGGAAAGGUAAGUUGAUUGUGGAGCUCACGGCGGGCAGUAAAGAGGCUGCGGAUGGGUUGGUGAUCAAUGGUAAAGAGCUAGAGCAGUCGUUUCAUUUGACUGGCAUGAGGUCACGAAAUCAGCUCUUUAAUCGACUAAUCGCCAUCGACGCGCAAUUCUGGGAGAGUCGAUAG